GUUCUUAAUUCCUAUAUAAACGUCGGUUAAUUUGGGGCUAUGUAGAACACCUUUAAAACUACUAUCUAUUAACGCAUUGAUCUAGGAAAGAAGAAUGGCUAAAGGGAUUGCAGCUAAGUUCAAUGUCAUCAUUCUGGUUGCCCUUUUCAUUGGAUUUGCCCAGCCAACAAAGUCAAACGACUCGAAAGAAGAGAAAAUUACCCAAGCAAUUAAUGAGUUAAAGUUGGCGGUGGAUAAACUUAACUCAGUAUCUUUUGAUCAGGAGAAUAGUGAUGGUAUUCUCAAGCUUCAAUCAGCCCUCAUGGGACUGAUUCAUACAUUAGAAAGCAAAGGAUCAGCUACUGAAUAUUCCGAUGUUGAUGGCGAUAUUAAAAAUGUGAUUAAGAGUUUCAAGUCAUUCCGAGAAGCGGCGCCGGAAUCGCUUGGAGCCGUGCGGGCUUUUCCUCCUCCCAUUGUGCCAACUAUUGGAGACAUUAUAAACAAAAUCGUUAACAUUCUGUCAAGUCUCACUUAACCGAAUGUAGUCCCUUAUUCCAAUUUCUCAUCACAAAUUAAUCAAUUACAAACGUCAGAGAUAUUCUCGGCAGGUACCCAUUUUAAAUAUAAAACUUAUGCAAAAUAUUUGCUUGAUUGCUUUUUUAAUAGUGUACAUCUUUUAACAAAAAAAGGGGGAAAUUAAGAACUAUAGCAGCCCUCAAAAGUUUAUGUUAUGUAAUCACACUACUAUUAUAAUAAGACAUUUGCUUUUAUUUACUUUAUACUAUGUCCAUUGGAUUUGAUUUUAAAUCCUCGAUGUCCUUGAUCUACUUUUAUUAAUAGCUAUGAUAUUAUUAUUCUGGAAUGGUCCAAACAAUAUUGUCUGUAGACCAAUGAAUAGAAUUGCUAAAAUAGCUUAGAAUAUUACCAGGACCAUGUCCCAGAGAGCAGAAGAUGAAUCCAAGUGUCCUGGUACGACUCGUAACAAUCUUAUUUUGUUGCUUUGAAGCAAACGUAAAACCGAAGGAAACAUUAAUAAUGACAAGCUAGGCUCCUGGGAUCAUACACAUACCUGUGUAUGUUACAAUACAUAAUGUAAAAAAAGAAUAUGUCUCUCAAAAAUGUUAUGGAAGAAGCUAGUAUAACAUUUAUUUGAUGGCUACGACACAAGAUGAAUAUUUUUAUAAAU